AUAAUAAAUGAACCAAUGAAUAACCUUUCACCUCAGAAAGAGAUGAGCAAAGUUUGUCAAAAGAAAGAUGGAAUGAUUCAUGGACGGCAGAUCAGUGUAAUAAAGCUUCCGGUUCUCAUUCGUCUCUCAGAAGAGGAAGUGAUGCGGGAGACUCACCGCUGUGUGUCUCUCUGUCAUCCUGGAGUUCAUCAUUUCAUCCUCGUUACUCCUGUCACUCCACUUACUGAUGAAGACAGAGCAGAAAUGGAGAAGAUCAAAAAUAUAUUUUACUCAAAAGUGCAUUCCAUGGUGCUUUUCAUUACUGAACUCACUGUUGACAAAAAUGUAACUGAUUUUGUAGCUUCCACAGAAUCUCAGAAGGCUGUGAGACUCUGUGGGAGUUGGUGUGAUGUGAUGGGGUUAAAGGACCAGAGAAACUCAGAACAGAUCUCAGACCUGUUUGACUGUAUAGACUGUAUGAAGACUGAACCCUAUUCUCUUCGGAUGUAUAUGAGAGCUCCAGAGAGGAGAGUCAGACAUGAACUAGAGGAGAAACUGAGAGUGAGAGACAAUGAAAUCGACGAGUUACAGGAAAAGAUCAAGACACUGGAUCCAGAUGGUGUGAAGCUGAAUCUGCUUGUGUGUGGGAGUAACAGAGAAUUAAAAUCCUUCAUAUCAAACCUGAUCCUGAAGCAGAGCGAGAGAAGAUCAGAGCUGAUCUCAGAGUGUGUGAGAAGAGACGUGGAGCUUGAUGGACGUCUGAUAAGUCUGGUGGAGCUUCCAGUUCUGUUUAACACUGAGCUCUCAGAGGAGGAAGUGAUGCGUCAGACUCACCGCUGUGUGUCUCUCUGUCAUCCUGGAGUUCAUGUGUUCAUCCUCAUCAUUCCUGAUGCUCCACUUAAUAAUGAAGACAGAGCAGAAAUAGAGGAGAUCCAGAAGAUCUUCAGCUCAAGAGUCAACAAACACAUCAUGAUCCUCAUAAAGCAGAAUUCAGAGCAUCAGACAGAAGAACUCAAUGAAGAAACACAGUCUGUCAUUGAGAGAUUUGGAGGACGACACAAUUUCAUCGGCCUGAACACACAAGUGUCUGAGUUGAUGGAGAAACUGGAGCAGAUGGUUGAGGAAAAUAGUGGUGUUCGUUUCUCCACAGAGACAUUGAUGGAGACACAGAUGGAUAAACUGCAGAAAUUAGAAGAAAUGAAGAAGAGAGUCCAUUCAUUAGAGACGUGGUUUCAGUCACAAGAUUCAAGUGAAAGAGAAGAUGAUCUGAGGAUUGUGCUGCUUGGGAAAACUGGAGUUGGGAAAAGUUCAACAGGAAACACAAUUUUAGGAAGAAACACAUUUAUUUCAGAUAUUUCUCAAACAUCUGUUACUAAAGAGUGUCAGAGAGAAACAGCUGAAAUCAACGGUAGACACAUCACUGUGAUCGACACUCCAAAACUAUUUGAUACUGAACUCAGUAAUGAAGGAAUCCAGAGAGAAAUCAGAAACUGCAUCUCCAUGAUCCUGCCUGGACCACAUGUGUUUCUCUUACUGAUUCCACUUGGACGAUUCACUCAAGAAGAGGAAAAAUCAUUUAAAAUCAUCCAAGAGAUGUUUGGUGAAAACUCUUUAAAGUACACCAUGGUGCUCUUCACCAGAGGAGAUUUUCUGAAGAACAAAAUCAUUGAACAGUUUUUGGGAGAACCUGGAUCUGCUUUAAAUGAACUGAUUGAAGCGUGUGGAAACAGAUUCCAUGUGUUCAAUAAUGAGAAUAGAGACCGAACACAGGUGACUGAUCUACUGCAGAAGAUAGACAACAUGGUGAAAGAAAACGGAGAGAGUUACUACUCAUGUAAGAUGUUCAGAGAGAUGGAGAGAGAAAUACAAGAACAACAGAAGAACAUACUGAUGAAGAAAGUGGAGCAAGUGAACAGAGAAAAAGAAGAACUGAUGAUGAAACAUGAAGAAGAGAUAAAGAGAAUGAGGAUGAAGAUGGAGGAAGAACAACAGAAUCAUGAGAAAGGGAGAAAGAGAAGAGAAGAAUUUAUUGAGAGAGAAGAACGUUAUAGAAGAGUAAUUAAAGAUGUUGAGGAUCAAGAGAGAAAGAUACGAGAGGAGCUAAAGAGAGACCGAGAGGAAUUGGAGAAAGAAAAACAACAGGAAAGACUAAGAAGAGAAGAAGAGGAUGAGAAAUGGAGAAAAAGAGAACAGGCAAUGUGGGAUUAUAAUCAGAGACUUAAAGAAGAAAUAGAAAGAAUGAACAUGAAGAUGGAGGAAGAAAGGCAGAAUCACGAUAAAGACAGAAAGAGAAGAGAAGAAGAGGAACAGAGAAGGAGAAAGAAAGAACAGGAAACAUGGGAUGAAUAUUACCAGAAUCUUCAACAAGAGAUAAAGAGAAUGAACAUGAAAAUGGAGGAAGAAAGAGAUAAUCAUGAUCAAGAAAGAAAGAGAACAGGAUUUUAGGGAGAAUACCGUAAUUCCUCAAAUAAAAACCGGUAGUCAAAUAAACUCCGGGCCUCUUAUGGUGGCCGGGGGCGUGGUCAACAUGGACAAAUAAAGGCCAGUCUUAAAUGAAGGUCUGGGGAAAAUUUGUGCAGCAGAGCCAGAUAAUGAAAGUACACGCCCACUGCCAGAGCGUUUCUUGUUCUCGAGUCAAAAACCGGUUGCAUCGGUUUUCAGAUCACCAGUACACUGAACCGAGAACCGUUUCUGUCGGACGCGAGGAGAACCGAGGAGCUGAUGAUACUGCACACGCGUGAUUCUCUGUGAAGCAGACUGACACACAGAGCAUCUGAACCGAACUGAUUCUUUUGGUGAUUGAUUCUGAACUGAUUUCCACCGUUUCCACCGAAAUCACCCAGAAGAUUUGUACCAGGAACUUUUUUUCCCAGGAACAUUUUUCCCCCCAGACCUGUAGCUUUCUGCGUUUCCACCGCGGUCUAAAGUACCAGGAAGAUUAGGCAAAUAGACUGGUGAUGUAGGUCUGCGUGUGUUUCUCAAUACAAAGUACGCUGAUUUUGGACCUGCAUCCUCUGUAGUUCAGACUUUGUGCAUUGGAAUUGGGAGUGUGAUUUCCGCGACGACGCAAAUCCAGUAAAUCUGCAAACAGCAGCGUACUUGAUAACUUCAGUCAGCUC